UGCAGAUUUGACAUUUUUUACACUAUUUCUGGAUAAUAUUUCAGCAAUCAUGAAAGCCAUUGUUCAAAGGGUGAUGCAAGCCAGUGUAACAGUGGGGGAUGAGGUGGUGAGUUCCAUUGGCAGAGGCUUGUGUGUGCUUGUUGGUAUAUCAAGAAAUGACACAGUUAAGGAGAUGGAGUACAUAGUCAGGAAAAUCUUACAUCUAAGAGUAUUCGAAGAUGAUCAGCAGAAAAGAUGGAGCAAGAGUGUGGUGGAUAAGCAGUUAGAAAUUCUGUGCGUGAGUCAGUUUACAUUAAUGUGCACACUGAAAGGGAACAAGCCUGAUUACCAUGAGUCAAUGGCAGCUGAUCAAUCUAAGGUGUUUUAUGAAGAGUUUCUAUCUCAACUUGGAAAAGCCUAUGCACCUGAGAAGAUAAAAGAUGGGAAGUUUGGUGCAUACAUGCAGGUUCAUAUCCAGAAUGAUGGGCCAGUUACAAUACCUCUGGAAUCUCCAGUUACUACUCAGAAAGAAUCACAGAAAAAAGAAGCAGAUACUAAAGGCUUGGCGUCAGCAAGUUCUUGUGAUGGGACUACAUAGUUGCAACUCAAAGAUUUAUUUAAUAAAUAUUCAUUCAAAAC